AUGAACAAGCUGAUCAAAGACAUAAAGAAUAGAUACUGUCCAUCUAUUGAAUCAAAAAUUAUCAGAUUUGGACCAAAACAACAUUUGAUAUGGCUGGAGCCAGAAGGCUUUAAUACUAAUGUUGUGUACCCAAGUGGGAUUUCAUGCACAAUGCCUGAAGAACAUCAAGUAGAAAUGAUAAGGUGCAUCCCUGGAUUGGAAAAAUGUGAAUUACUUCAAGCAGGCUAUGGAGUAGAGUAUGACUAUAUAGAUCCACGUCAACUGAAGGCAUCUUUGGAGACUCUUCAUAUUGGGAACCUAUUCUUUGCUGGCCAAAUUAAUGGAACUACUGGCUAUGAAGAAGCUGCUGCACAAGGGAUUAUUGCUGGAGUUAAUGCUGCAUCCAAAAUUCAAGAGAAAUCCCCAUUGAUCAUUGACCGAUCUGAAGGUUACAUUGGGGUCAUGAUCGAUGAUUUGACCACUCUUGGCACAAAUGAGCCAUAUCGCAUGUUCACUAGCAGAGCUGAAUUUCGGUUGUUUCUUCGACCAGACAAUGCAGACAUUCGACUCACGGAAAAAGGAUUUCAUCAAGGUUGUGUCAGUCAAUACAGAUAUGAAAAGAGCCAAAAGAUUCAAGCAAAUUUGAAAGAAAAUAUCGAAUGGUUAAAAACAAUUUUUAAAAUAUCAAAUGAAUGGAGAGAACAGAUGAACCUUGCACCUUCAUUAAACAAACAAAAAAGGAGUGCUUUUCAAAUGAUCUGUGACCCCCAGAUUGAUGCAGGAAAACUAGCCCAAGCAUUUCCAGAUUUAUUUCAACAUUUACUUGGGGAAACAACACUUCUCGAAAGACUUUCUAUUGAAGUAAAAUAUGCCAGAGAUUUGCAAGAACAGUUGGAAGAUAUUGAAGAGGUACGGCAAGAUGAGAUGCUGGAAAUUCCUGAGGAUCUUGAUUAUUACAGAUUAAACAUUGCCAAUGAAGCCAAAAAUAAACUCAUAGAUGCCAGGCCAAGAACUAUUGCUGCUGCUAGUCGGAUUGCUGGAGUUACUCCUGCUGCUUUGGUUGCUUUAUUAAGAUUUGUGAAGAAAAAUAAAAGUAAAUCCAAAAGCAAUUUAUACUAUCCACAAGACCAUAUAGUUUGA